AGCUUUGCUCCGCCACUCAUCUGCUUAUAAACUCGUAUUAGGCUGUUACCGUUUCGUUACUUGAUUAGCUUUCAGCGUUAAAAUGUCCGUCGUUAAGUACACUGUAGUUUCUGGAUGUAUCCAAGCUCUACCGUCGCUGCCCAAUAGUAUUUCUGAGGAAAAUGGGAUACGCUGAGUGUAACAUUAGCAUGGAAUCAAGAAUAGGGAGUGUAUCAUCUGGAGGGGGCUGCAGUGUGAGAGGACGGACUUCAAAAAGUAGCCCAUUCUGCCCUCGCUCCUCCAGCAUGUUGACACAGUCCAUCGUAAAAGACCACAUGGUGUCUCAUUACAAGAAGGUUUACUCAGCUAAAGCUGCCAUUGAUGCCUCAGUACCCAAAAGCCUGAUACACAGUGUAAAGUACAAUGACCAGAUCAGACAGGAGCGGUUGAGGAGAGGGGGUCGUCCUCAGUCAGCCAGUUCUCUCUCCCAGAGGAACAGCAGAGCCUCCUGCUCACCUGCCCUGAGUAGAUUAUCUGUGCAGUAUGAUGACAGCCGCUACCUCUACUCAAGGAGUUCCUCAGUAUCCAGCCCAGGGUUCAGCUCCUCCUUCCAUGCCAAGGAGAUAGUUUAUCCAUCGUAUACAGUGGAUUCUGACAAGUUCUCUCAUCACAUACGGCCAGCUUCAGAAAUAAAAUACCGUAGUCCUGAGGCAACUUCACACAGAAGGCAGUCAGCAUAUUCAAUGGGAGCUUCAGGAGAUCACAGUCACUACACGUCUUUCCAGGACCCUGUUCAGAAGACUUACAGCGGAGACUUGCUCCAGAAACAUUCACAGCACUUUACCCCAGACAAACCCUUCACCCCUAAGACCCUGAAGUCAGAAAAGAGUUCAUACCUUUCACAAUAUCGCUACUACCGAGCUCCCCGGAGGAAACCUACUCAGGAUAGCACCAGCUCAAAAUGUAUGCGACAGGAGACAUAUCAUGGAAGCACAAAGCCCAAGAAAUACACACAAGAAUUCUAUGAGCCAUCUCAGCAGGGAUUUCUUACAGAGCACGAGUGGUCUGAAGAAGAAUUCAAUGGCACAUAUUUCUCUGCAUCGAGACAACAGAGUCGAGCACACAAGAGCAGAGACCGUGAUUUAUUUGACUCCUCAUCCAGGGGCUCACUGGACGGCGAUAAAUCUUCCAUCAACAAAAGUUUAUCUGCAGAGGAAGAAGAAUUAAUGUACCUCGAAUUCAUUUCUGCUGUAACAGAGGAUAUAUUGUCCAAGGGGCACAUCUCUGACAGGUUCUUAGACCGGGUGAUGAAUCGCCAUAUCGACAUGAAUCGGCAUCAGCUUGAUGUGGGUAAAAUGCGCCACCUUCUGGAAGUGCUGCGUAAAGAGUUUGAAGAGCCAGCCAACUCAUUCACCCCCAGUACAGAGAUAGAAAAAAAGAAAAAUGAUCGGGGUGAUUCAUUCUUGCCAUAUGUUGAAUCAGGAGGGAAACAAGAAAAGACCAAAAAAGACGAUGACCUUCUCUCCUAUGCAUCACUUAUUAAAUCCUGCGAUUUGCAAGAUUAUGCUGAUCCCCUCUUGGUGUCUACACCCUUAUACUCUCCUGGAAAGACUGCUGCCUCACCAACUGAAACAAACGAAAAGGACGAAGCAGUUAACAAUCAGGAAGAAGGCAAUAAAUCUCCUUGUCUCCGUGACCAUGCUUCUAAUAAUACGGAAAUCAGUGAAGAAGUCCAUCAAAAUCAAACAGGCACAACUGAGUCAAACAAAGAAGUCACCUCUGAAAACCAUGAAGUUACCCCCAUAACCAGUGACCGAGACCAAGAAGAAGUCAGUUAUGAUGGACAAUCUAAAGAACUUGAAGAUCUGGGGAGAAGUUUGUCAGAGUCGCUUCAUGUAUCCAGCAAUAAAAACCACGGCAAUGAGGAUACUGUUGCUGAGCAACCUGCACAUUCAGUUGCGUCUGUCAGUGAUGACGAGUUCUGAGUUUUACCUGUAUUCUGUGAUUGAAUGUUCUUUUAUAUUCUUGUUACCAAGUGAGUGUUUUUUCCAGAGAGAAAUGUAAUAUUUGAAAUUUCUGAAAGUAUAGUUUUGUAUUUGUGAUUUAUCACUGGUUGUGUUGUAUUGUCCAAUUUUUUUUUAAAACCCCACCAAAAUGGUGUUGUUCUAUUCUGAAUUAAAAAAAAAAAUGUUUACAAAAAUAAACAGGGUUUUUAAAGUACAACAGAGAAAUUAUAAUUUCUAAUUUGGGAUAUUGUAAAGUGGCCACUUACUGGCCGUAGUGGUAUAUCUUCAAAUGACCCUCAGAUUAAAUGUUCUAGAUUGCCCUGUGGUAUCUAGUGAGAAUAGCCAAUUUGCACUGUCAGAUGUGUGAAAUGUGUGGUUUCAUUUUGAUUUAGUCGAUUGUAGAGUUUACCUAUAGUCUUAAUGUAGCUACUGUUUACAUUUGUUGAUUUCCAAAAAACAACAACAACAC